AUGCGUGUGAUAUGGAUUUUAGUUUGUUAUUUAGCAACGGUAUAUACGGCGGGAUAUCCACGUGGUGGUAAUGGAAAUGGCAAAAAUGGUGGAGGCGGGCGUAAUGGCGGUGGUAAAAAUGGUGGUGGAGGUGGAGGAGGAGGAGGUGGGGGUGGGUACUCAUACUUACCACCUGAUGGCGGUGGUUUCGGUGGUGGUGGCGGUGGUGGAGGAGCAGAUGCUCCCUCAGGACCACCGAUUCCAAUUAUUAAAAUGGAAUCCAAAAUCAAUGCUGAUGGGUCAUAUAAGUACGAGUAUGAAACUGGGAACGGAAUACAAGCCGAGGAAUCAGGAUACGUAAAAAACGCUGGACCAGAAAGCUCUGGGCAUAUAAGUGCUACAGGUUCAUUUUCAUAUACAAGCCCAGAGGGUCAGGCAAUAGUGUUAACUUAUGUCGCCGAUGAAAAUGGAUUCCAGCCACAAGGUGAACAUUUGCCAACACCUCCACCCAUACCACCAGAAAUCGCAGAGGCCUUAGAAAAAAUAGCUGCCGGUGGAGGUCAUCCAGAUGAUGGAGGAAAUGGUGGAGGCGGUGGUGGUGGUAAUGGUGGAGGUGAGGGCAAUGGAUAUUUUUAUAAAUAA